UUUCCUUUUGCUCCCAAACAUUCUUUACCCUCUCCUAAGCCUACCAGUGUUCUUUUCUUAGCCCAGAACUUUUUGUGUUCCGAAUUUCUGUGUUGCUCCGAUGAACAGCGGAUCGAUGCCACGGAGGACGCUUGGCCUGCGAGAUGCCGGUCUGACUAUUUGAGCUUCGCUGGAAAGCCAAGGAGGCAGGACAGUGACCAAGAGUCGAAGUCAGACUCCGCGAGCGUCGGUCGCACUCUUUGAACUGGACUCGGCCGUUUUUGAAGCCUGGUCGGAUUACGCUGUUCGUGUCGGUCAGACGCUGCAAACAUCGGUCUGACUCGUCCGACCCAGAGAGUCGAGGAGGGGCUACAUAAGUGCUGCCAAGUUUGCUCACAGAGGACUGACCUCAGACACCAGCGUUCGUUCGUACAGAAACACUAGAGAGAUUCGACCCCUCUCUGUUCUAACGAAUCCCGCAGAGCGACGAUUUUGGUUGGAAGCGAGAACGAAAAGAUGCAGAGGCAGGCCCACCCCGAACAAAGAAAGAUCUGCGGGGGGCAACGCAGAUACACCACGCCUUCUCCCCUGCGCAACCUGCAGCAAAGGAGAAGGCACGCAACGGAGAAGAGAUGGAGAGAUGGAAAGCGCUUCGACCGGACGCCCGAGUGGGCAGAGGGCAAGACCUCCCGCCGCGACCAGAGGGACAGAAUUUGUGAUCGUUCCCGAGGAAGCAGACGCGAGCCCGCCCUGGGACGCGACCGUCUCGACCGCGAGCCUCCCCUUUACCCGACAGAUAAGUGGCAGGUUGGGAGGGAGCUCGACCCUGAGCACGCGCAUCGUCGAAGAAAGGCAAACCCUGCCGGCGGUUGCAUGCGAAACGGAGGCGGCAGAUAUCACCGGAGUGAGAGGAUUAAGCGCAAGCGGGACCCGAAUCUCAGCCCUCGCAGGACUAAAUCCGUGGUUCGGCCCUUGAAAAGGAGGACCGAGCCAGAGGCGCCCGGCGGUAAAGAACUAUCCCACUUUGGCGCGAAUGUCGCUGAGGCUCGCGUCUGCCUCGUAACCCGGGGGAAAGCGUGCCGCAUCAAGCCAACUCUGCCGCCUCUGCCUAGCCCGGUGGACGCGGCGGGGCAAGGCCGAGGCGCAGAUAGCGAACACUCGCUACGCCCGGGGCAGAUCGGAGUCCCAGCGUCCGAGAAAGGCGUCGAGGUCGCAACGCGAAUGGACGAAGAGCUGCACACUGCCAUCUGGAGCAUCAGCGGCCAACCGAACCCCUCCGGGUGUUAUUUGCCCUCAGCUGAAGACGAGGAGUACAACGCGUGCAUGUGGGCGCUGGAGGAAGAAGACGGCGCUGCUCUGUGCGAGAGCGGCCUCGCGAAAGCGUACGACGACAUCAACUUGAUCACGUACCCCGAUUGCAUCGAGCCGUGUGCGUCGCUGCCCCCAAACGGUUAUCAGGUUCCUCCUUGGGUCGCUACGUCUCGCACAGAGCCGCUCGAGUUUCACAGUUCUCUACGCCCGCCACCCGAGACGGGCAACGACGAUCUCGACAAUGGAGGUGCCGGACGCCAGAGAUCGCAGCCUGACGCAGAGCCGCACAAAGACGAGCCUGGCACCACGCUGUGGAACGAGUCUUUGGGGGUCUGGGGAGAGCGAGCCAGCCUCUUUGCAGAGUCCAACCGAAGGAAGCCCGGGACGCCCGCAGAGGAGGAACUUGCGCACAGAAGCGCAGAGGGCAGUGCGGGGCCGCGCCUUUGGGACGGCAUCCCCGGCAUCUCCCUGUCCAAGCUCGAAGAUCUCAUCACUUGCCCGUCCUGCAGACGGAUUUUCAACCGUGCGCCGGUGUGCCACAAGUACUUCCUUGGACUCAAUCGGCCCGUGCAGUGCCUCUGCGGAUGCGUCCUCUGCACGCUGUGCUUCAGGGCGCAGGGAGGGUGCAGAGAGCACAGGGUCGCCUCCGAGCACGAAACCGUGAAUGCCACGGCGAACGCGCUUGCCGACCUGCCGGAGAUGGAGGGCGUAGGAGUCUGGGAUCUCGAACGAGAGGGCCGCGACCGCUUUGUGCAGCAGAGGAGUGAAACCGAAAAAUGCAUGGAAAGAAUGUUGGCCGAAGGGCCGCCCAGUCACGAGGAACUUAAGCGAGCGUUCCAGGCUCUGAUACGGAACCCGGCAAACGACAUGUCUUUCGCCUACUGGGAAGACCAGGUGUUGCCUGAGACCGACGCGUACAGAUACGUUUGCAUGCCUCACGUCCCGGGGUUUUGGGACCACGUGCUGGUGGGGAAAUGGUGCCCCGCGAGCACCCAGAAGGCCGUCGGGCCCGACGUGCUUCUGCCGCGGCUGUUCGACGUGGACAUGGGCGGGUAUUCCUUUCACUGGUGCUGUUUCGUGUUCGAGAAACAGAUCGUCUUGGCCGCUUGGUGCCGCCACACCACGACAAAGAACGACGGAGUCGGCUGUUCGGAUUGGUUCGAUGGGACCAAACUGGUGAUCCCCUUGAACGACAGUCGUGUGAGGGAGAUGGUGUCCGGCACCGCAUUCAAGAGGAUGAUGUUCCACCUGCGCACGUGGUUCGCCGUGCAGUACCGCUCGAGGGAAGGGGGCGAGGGCGUCGAAAGGGACAUCCACAUGGUCUUGGACUGCAAGCCGCUCGACGGACCCACCAUCGUCCACGUUAUCGCUGGGCUCGCAGCCCGAAGCGGGAUGGAGAAAACUGAGCCCGACGGCUCACACCUCAGGAAGCGAAGCGUCGGCUUGCAUCCGGAUGAGGUGCUGGUCAAAGACGCGGCCGCGGCCGCGCUGUUUGACUACAUGCCGGUGUUUCGCUGCGAACCCCAGACCCUUUACAUGAACGUGUCGGAGGAGUUCAGCAACUACCACCGUUACUUGGAGAAUGAAAACACGGACACCCCGCCCAUUUGCACCUUUUACGGAAAGUAA